AUUUAUUCCUCUCAAAGAAGGAAGGAAGGCCCAGCUGAAAGAGACCAUGGUGAUUGCCAGUGAGAAAGUGGGGACACCUCUUUGAGCCAUGACCCAAUCCCCAAAUCAAGCAAUAGUAUACACAUCACAUCCAUAUAAAUUUAUACACAAAUACAAAUACAAAAUAUAUAUUUACACGCCAUACUAAUAUAAAGAUUCGAUUUUUCCUCUUCCCCUUUUCUUCACUCGAGCUCCAUCCCUGCUCUCCAACAAGACUUCACUCAGAAGGGCCCUAAUAUGUCGACUUCAGCUCGAAAGAGACUGAUGAGGGACUUCAAGAGGUUGCAGCACGACCCGCCUGCUGGUAUCAGUGGAGCGCCGCAAGAUAACAACAUUAUGCUCUGGAAUGCUGUUAUAUUCGGUCCUGAUGAUACACCGUGGGAUGGAGGUACGUUCAAGUUGACCCUUCAGUUCACCGAAGAUUAUCCAAACAAGCCACCAACAGUUCGAUUUGUUUCUAGAAUGUUUCACCCAAAUAUUUAUGCGGAUGGAAGUAUAUGUUUGGACAUUCUUCAAAAUCAGUGGAGCCCUAUUUAUGAUGUUGCAGCUAUACUAACUUCAAUCCAGUCAUUGCUGUGUGACCCGAAUCCAAACUCCCCUGCCAACUCUGAAGCUGCUCGGAUGUUCAGCGAGAAUAAGAGAGAAUACAAUCGCAGAGUGAGGGAGAUCGUGGAGCAGAGCUGGACGGCCGAUUAAACCUCCCGUGCCCCUGCUGAGUUGGUGGUCAGUCUGUGGAAGCGUUUGAAACUCGAGUCCCACGAGUAACUUACGUGUAAGUUUACUCGUCGUCUAUAGGGAUGUUUCUCUUUCAGUUGGAUUCAGUGUUUUUAGCUUAUAAAUCAUGCAAAGACUGCAGGCAUUAUAUAUCAUGUAAAUUUAAGAAUUUGAUGGGGACUGCGUGGGAAUUGUAAUGAAUGUAUUACUGGGAAACAAUCUUAUUUUGCAAUGUAAUUUGAAUUACUACUGCC